AUGCCCUUAUUAAAAAACCUCAUAAAACCUAAACUCACUUCUACUUUCUUCAAAUUUCACUGCAUUCGCAUCCGUUGUCAGGGCCAGACGACCGUCACUUCCUCCGCGUUCCGGCAUUCACAUAUAAGGAAUCCGCAACGAGGUGGCCAGAAUCUCUCAAAUCGGCAUGUUCGUCUGGAACAGUCCCUUAUCGGGAAAACUUCUUUGGAAAAUCGGGCAGAGGAGUUGAGGAACCUGACUUCGACGGUCGCAGGUACUUCGGACAAGCCAGCCAACGGGACGCAAAGAUUCAGAGGGCUAGUGAUACCUGUGAAACCACAAGAGCCCUCUUCUGAUGAAUGCUGCAUGUCCGGCUGCGCAAUCUGCGUAUACGACCUAUACGACGAAGCGCUGUCCGCGUAUGAUGACGCAGUUGGGAAGGUUAAAACGACCCUUCGGUCCAUGAAUAUUCCGGAGAGCGAGUGGCCUAGGACUUUACGCGACACUGACAACGGCAAAGACUCAGAUUCGAGGAGAGACGGUAGGCAGGACGUGACGUUGAGUGUGUUUGAGGAGAUGGAAAGACAGUUGAAGGCGCAAAAGUCAGAGCCAGAGUCACCGUCUGGGUUGGGUGUCGGUAGCAGGAUAGAAUCAUCAAGUUAG